AUGGAUCUAAUGAAUCGUGUCUUUAAGCCUUAUCUGGACGAGUUUGAGGUAGUUUUUAUCGAUGAUAUCGUUAUAUACUCAAAGAGUACAGAGGCUCAUGAGAAUCAUCUUCGUAUGAUCCUUCAAACACAUCGAGAAAAGAAGCUAUACGCAAAACUGAAGAAAUGUGAAUUCUGGCUACAUGAGGUAGCAUUUCUGGGGCAUGUAAUAACAAAGGAUGGAGUCUCUGUAGAUCCACACAAAAUUGAGGCGAUCGUGAAUUGGCCACCUCCUUCCAAUGUGACUGAAGUACGUAGUUUUAUGGGAUUAGCCGGUUAUUAUAGGAGGUUUGUUCAAGAUUUUUCCAAAAUCGCUGUGCCGCUUACACAAUUGACACGAAAGGGAGUUGCAUUUGAAUGGUCAGAAUAG